UCUACUUGGGUAAAAACCAAAACAAACAUGAUUUCUCUAGUCUCCAUAAUUUUGCUCCUUCAUUUCUUGUUUGGGAAUGCUGCCUUAACAUUCAAUGUGAUCAAAUUUGGUGCUAAAGCAGAUGGGAAAACUGAUGCAACUCAGCCUUUCCUUAGGGCUUGGGCCUCCGCCUGCAACUCCAUGGUAACGUCCACAAUUUAUGUGCCCAAAGGAAGUUUCUUGAUUAGGUUUGCAGAGUUCAGAGGUCCAUGCAAAAGCGCGAUCAAGCUCCGAAUUGACGGCACUCUUAUAGCUCCAAAGGACUAUCGUGCCCUUGGAAACUCCGGCAACUGGAUUUUGUUCAUUCAAGUGAACCGGAUUUCAGUCAUCGGAGGAGCUCUCGAUGCUAUGGGGGAUGGAGUUUGGAAAUGCAAGAAGGCCGGCCAAAAUUGCCCGGUCGGAGCACGGUCUCUAACGUUCAAUUGGGUGAAGGAUGCGCAAAUUAGUGGGUUAACAUCGAUGAAUAGCCAACUAAUGCAUCUGGUGAUCAAUAGCUGCAAGAAUGUGAAGGUGAGUAAUGUGAAGAUUAUAGCUCCACACGACAGCCCUAACACAGAUGGAAUACAUGUACAAUCCUCUACUGGUGUUACUAUCAAAAACAGUGUCAUAAAAACUGGAGAUGACUGCAUAUCAAUCGGGCCAGGGACCAGGAAUUUGUGGAUGGAGAAAAUACAAUGUGGUCCUGGACAUGGAGUCAGCAUAGGGAGCUUGGGAAGAGAUUUUAACGAAGAUGGUGUGGAAAAUGUGACAUUGAUAAAUUCGGUUUUCAGCGGGUCAGAUAACGGGUUACGGAUAAAAACAUGGGGCAGGGCCAGCAAAGGGUUUGUGAGAAAUAUCAAGUAUCAAAACAUAGUUAUGAGGAACGUUGAGAACCCAAUUAUCAUAGACCAAAAUUACUGCCCCAACAACCGAGGUUGUCCUGGCCAGAGUUCUGGAAUCAAGAUUAGUGAAGUGAGUUACCAAAAUAUUCAAGGAACAUCAGCAACACAAGUUGCCAUGGUUUUUGAUUGUAGCUCUACUAACCCAUGCCGCGGGAUCAAACUCACCGACAUUAAACUCACUUAUCUGAAAACAAACAAGGCUCAAUCCUUCUGCAAAAACGUCGGCGGGACCUCCGGCGGUGUCAUCCUGCCCGAUAAUUGCUUGUAAACUAAUAGUUACAUCCGACGGAAGAAUAAUAAUAAUAACCAAAAAAGAAAAACAUGGAAUGAAGAAAGUUAUGGCCGGCCUCGCUAUUUUAAGUACGAUUAGGGGGCAUAAUUAAGAUGCAAUUUACUCAAAAGUAGAAGUAGUUUCUGGCUUCUCAUUGAGUUUGAUGAUCAACUCCUACAUUGAUAUAUAGACACAUUCUCUGAUGUAACCACAUCGAUAAUGUUUAUUACAUUCAAUAGGGAGGAGUGAGUAUAUAUCUUAAAAUAUAUAUAUUUACAACUUUAAUUUCUUCCUUA